AUGGGUAUUGUGUUGACAAAGCUCUGGCGCAAGCUUAUGAGCAAAGAGGAGGUCAAGAUUGUCAUUGUUGGACUGGACAAUGCAGGAAAGACAACUGUCCUUUACAAACUUCUGCUGAAUGAAGUCGUCGUCACCACGCCAACGAUAGGAAGCAACGUCGAAGAGAUUACAUACAAGAAUAUCAAGUUUCUCAUGUGGGAUAUAGGAGGACAGGAAUCACUUCGGGCGUCCUGGAAGACAUAUUAUGUCAAUACGAAAGCCGUGAUCAUGGUCAUCGACAGUUCAGACAAGGAGCGCCUUCAUAUUUCAAAAACAGAACUACACACCAUGAUGGAUUCUGAGUCGCUCAAGAACGCAAGUUUACUGGUGUUUGCGAACAAGCAGGAUGUGAAGGGAGCACUGAGCGCAGCCAAAAUCUCAGAAGCCUUGGCUUUGACGUCAUUGCAGGAUCGACAGUGGUCCAUCCAGGCGUGCUCUGCCCUGACUGGUGAUGGGUGA